AGGCACAUUAAUAAACAAAUAACUUAUGUGUGUGGCGCUUAAGUGGUUGGGUCAUUUCCGCUGUGUCGUCAUCACUGUGCGACGCGUUCUCGCUGCGCAAACCGUCGAAGCUAAACUGCCUCGUUUGGAAGAAAUGGCACCAUCUCCGACAAAGCGGAAGGAGGACGAAAAAAACAAAGAUAGAGGCAAAGAAAAAACAAGUACGAAGGAAGGCGACAAGGAGAGAGGACGUGAGAAGCUGAGAAAACGGCGCAGUGCUUCUACUGGCAGCAGCAGCAGCAGGUCCAGAUCUUCCUCUACUUCAAGCAGCAGCUCUGGUUCCAGCUCGGGAUCGUCAAGUGGAUCCAGCUCGUCUGGCUCCAGCCACUCUGGCUCCUCGAGCUCUCGCUCCUCCUCUUCAUCCAGUUCCUCAGGCUCCCCCAGCCCCAGCCGCAGACGCCAUGACAACCGACGGCGAUCACGCUCAGCGUCUAAAACGCAGAAAAGGGGAGACGAUAAGGAAAGAAGGAAAAGAAGCCCAAGCCCCAAACCUACUAAAGUUCACCUAGGUCGGCUGACCAGAAAUGUCACCAAGGAACACAUCCAGGAAAUCUUUUCCACUUAUGGAAAAAUAAAAAUGGUUGAAAUGCCAAUGGAUCGGCUCCACCCACACCUGUCCAGAGGCUCUGCUUACGUGGAGUUUGAGACUCCGGAGGAGGCCCAGAAGGCCCUGAAACACAUGGAUGGAGGUCAGAUUGACGGACAGGAAAUCACUGCGUCUGCUGUGCUGACUCAGCGAAUCCGUCCUCCACCUCGUAGACCCUCUCCUCCUCGCAGAAUGCCCCCACCACCACCCAUGUGGCGCCGCAGUCCACCACGCAUGAGGAGAAGGUCCCGCUCCCCUAGAAGACGAUCCCCUGUGCGCCGACGCUCUCGCUCCAGAUCUCCUGCUCGCAGGCGUCACCGCUCUCGCUCCAGCUCUAACUCGUCCAGGUAGAUGGAGUUCUUGCGUCACAUACUGAGUGACCUGCUCUGUCCCGAUCCUAAAAUAAAAUGUUUGGAUCUGAAGCCAACAUAAACAUCUUACACUCAUUUUAUGCGCAAAUGUUUGAUUUCUCUUUAUUUUGUUGUUGUGUUUGCUGAGUUUGAUCUAAACUGACAUUCAAGUGUGUCAUUCAAAGUUUCAUGUUAUUUUACCAUGUAGCAAAUUUUUAGACAUUUUGGAAAAUAAAAGUGUUCAAAAUAUUAUGUGAGCCUAGUUUGUAAGAUCAUACCAAAAUGUGUUAAUCUGUUUUCCUCAGUUAAAUAAAUGAUCACCCCAUAUAGUGUUUAAAUGAAUAGUCAUAUAAUUAUUAUAAAAAAAUAGUGGUUUAGCACCAAAACAUAAACACAACAAAAUGAGCCUUUUGAAUUGUGAUACCAUAUACAGAUACAAAAAACACAUUCUAACAGUUUGAAACCUUAUUUCAUUCCUGUACUGACUUUCAGCCACAUACACUGAGGAACUUGCAGUUAUUUGUAUAUUUAGAUUGUUCUGUGUAGUAAAGUUAAGCGUCGUCAUAACUAUGCUCAUAUGUCAAAGAGAAACACUGUGCCUCAUUUAGACUUUUUGUGCAAAAGUGGGUUAAAUUAAUUAAGACUUUUUAGCCGUGUUUUACAUCUGUGAAGUUUUUUUUUUUGUUUUUAUCAGUUUAUGUCACAAAUUUGAAACAGGUUCACAAUAAACUUCCUCCUUUUAAA